AAUUGCGAAACAGCUUUCUUUGAAAAUCUCAACAUGGACCUUGCACAUUAUAUUAUUCUUUUUAUCAGCGGAAUUCGUUAUUUAAAAAAUCCAUUUUUAGCUUCAAAGAUAAUUGACUUCUUAUUUCUGCUUUGUCCAUCAGUGACAAAUAGUGCCUAUCAUUUUAGUCAACAUUUGCUGGGUAUACCUUUGGCAGCUGAGCGAUUGUUUCCGAGCUUGAUUAAAUUUUAUUCUGAUUGUGAAUCGACCGGUGCUACUUCUGAAUUUUACGAUAAGUUUCAUAUUCGACAUACUAUACAGACAAUAUUUAGAACCAUGUGGGAUCAUACGACCCACAUGAGUUAUAUAAUAUCAUAUGCUAGAGAAUGUUCUCCAGAUUUCGUAAGAUUCAUCAAUAUGGUAAUUAAUGACGCGACUUAUCUUUUGGAUGAAUCUUUGCUUGCACUAAAACUUAUCCAUCUGAUUGAAUCAGAGAUGGAAUCAGACAGCUUUAAUCAGCUAACCAUCGAGCUUCGUCAAGCGAAAAGAUUGCGAUUAGCUGAAGCGCAGCGAGGUGUUAAAUCUUGGUUACCUCUUGCUGGAAGCACACUUGACCUCUUUGUUUACCUCACUGCAGCUGCACGUGAACCAUUUUUUCAACCAUUAUUAGGCGAGCGUCUUGCAUCGAUGUUGGAUUAUAACAUUCAGCAGUUAUGUGGCCCCAGAUGUACCGAGUUAAAAGUACGCGAUGCUGUAGCACGGUUUUCUUGGGAACCACGAACACUGUUACAACAGAUUGUGCAAAUCUACCUCAACUUGUCUUUCACAAAAUUUGCAGAAUAUAUUGCUAGCGAUGAGCGAUCAUAUACGCCUGAAUUAUUCAAAAUGUUGAUUUCUCGAUUAAGCGUUAACAAUAUUGUUCCAACAAAUCAAAUUGAGCUAUUGAAAAACCUAGCAGAUUCAGCUGAAUUUAUAUGGAAGAAAAAUUUACAAAUGGAUGAAGAUUUUGAUGAUAUGCCCGAUGAAUUUAGAGAUCCUGUCAUGAAUACACCAAUGAUGGAUCCUGUAACUUUACCAUCUGGACACACCAUGGAUCGCAAGCAUAUUUUGCGCCAUUUGUUAAGUAGCAAAACUGAUCCUUUCACUAGGCAGCCGCUGAGUGAAGAACAACUUGUUCCUAAUGAGGAUUUACAAUUGAAAAUUCGCGCAUGGAUUCAGGCGAAAAUGUCGCAUAGAAAGUAA